AUGAAACUUCUCCUGCUCCUCACUGCCCUAGUGGCAGCUGUUCUAUCUGAGAAAACAUUUGUAGGAGAGCAGGUGCUGCGGAUCAAGGCAAGCAGCAAUGAGAAAAUGGGUCUGCUACAAGAUUUACAAUCUUUGACACAUCUGCAGCUUGACUUCUGGACUGAACCUGCCAACCCUAAUAUACCAGUUGAUGUUCGAAUUCCCUUCAGAAGUCUUCAGUCUGUGAAGGCCUAUCUGGAAUACAACAACAUUGACUAUACUAUCAUGAUUGAAGACCUGCAGGUAAUCAUUAACAAUGAGAAAGAAGAAAUGGAAUUUAAUGAAAGAAAGGAACGCAACUCUGGCUCUUUUAACUUUGGUGCCUUUCACACCUUGGACAAUUUAUACAAUGCCAUUGACUUAAUUGUAGCAGAUUACAAAUCAGUUGUCAGCAAACAACAGAUUGGUACCUCAUAUGAAGGACGUCCCAUCUAUGUUCUUAAGUUCAGCACUGGAGCUGACCGCCCUGGCAUUUGGAUAGAUGCUGGUAUUCAUUCACGUGAAUGGGUUACUCAAGCUACUGCCCUGUGGACUGCACAUCAGCUUGCUUUUGACUAUGGAAAGGACACAUCUGUGACCUCUUUGUUGAAUAAAUAUGAUGUUUUCCUCUUGGUUGUCACCAAUCCUGAUGGCUAUGCCUACUCUCACACAGCAAACCGUAUGUGGCGUAAAACCCGUUCCAUCAAAAGCGGUAGCCGAUGUGUUGGUGUUGACCCCAACAGAAACUGGAAUGCAGGCUUUGGAGGGCCAGGAGCCAGUGCUGACCCCUGUUCUGAUUCAUACCGUGGACCCAGUGCAGAAUCAGAGGUGGAGGUAAAGACAGUUGCCAACUUUAUUAGAAGUCAUGGCAAAAUCAAAGGAUUUGUGAGCAUCCACAGCUACUCUCAACUCCUGCUUUUCCCUUAUGGAUACAAGUGCACCAACCCUGCUCACUACACUGAGCUGAACACAGUUGGUAAAGCUGCUGCUAGUGCAUUGAGCGCUCUCUAUGGCACCCAGUACACAGUUGGAACAAUCUGCUCCACUAUCUAUCAAGCUAGUGGAGGAAGUAUUGACUGGACCUAUGAUAUUGGAAUUAAGUAUUCAUUUGCCUUUGAGCUGAGAGACACAGGACGCUAUGGCUUCUUACUUCCAGCUACUCAGAUCCUGCCAACUGCACAAGAGACCUGGCUGGGUAUUAAGAAGAUCCUGGAGCAUGUUCGUGAUAACCCUUAUUAAACAAGGCACAGUUGUACAAGGUGCUUGUCACAUUAUUUAGUGAAGUAGUAAUAAAGUUUAUG